CAUGGAGAAUGAGCUGCCAGUCCCGCAUACAUCUAGCAGUCCCAGUGUCGCCAGCAGCACCACCGGGGUGACUAGCAGCAGUGGCUGCAACAGUAGCAGCAGUAGUGGCAGUGGCCGCCCCACAGGGCCACAGAUAUCUGUGUACAGUGGUAUUCCUGACCGGCAGACCGUGCAGGUGAUCCAGCAGGCCCUGCACAGGCAGCCCAGCACUGCAGCCCAGUACCUGCAGCAGAUGUAUGCUGCCCAGCAGCAGCACCUCAUGCUGCAAACCGCAGCCCUUCAGCAACAGCACCUCAGCAGCGCCCAGCUCCAGAGCCUGGCAGCUGUGCAGCAGGCAAGCCUGGUGGCCAACAGACAAGGGAGCUCUUCAGGCAGCAGUGUGUCUACACAGGCACCAGCCCAGUCAUCCUCGAUCAAUCUGGCAGCCUCCCCAGCAGCAGCCCAGCUCAUCAACCGGGCUCAGAGCGUCAACUCAGCAACAGCCUCAGGCAUUGCCCAGCAGGCUGUGCUCUUGGGCAACACAUCUUCUCCAGCCCUGACUGCAAGCCAAGCACAGAUGUAUCUAAGGGCACAGAUGCUCAUCUUCACGCCCACGGCCACCGUCGCUACUGUGCAGCCUGAGCUCGGCACUGGCUCCCCCGCCCGGCCCCCCACCCCUGCCCAGGUACAGAACUUGACCCUCCGAACACAGCAGACACCAGCUGCAGGAGCCUCGGGCCCCACCCCCACUCAGCCUGUCCUGCCCAGCUUGGCCCUGAAACCCACACCAGGUGGUAGCCAGCCUCUGCCUACCCCAUCACAGGGCAGAAAUUCCGCUCAGGGUUCCCCUGCAGGUGCCAAGCCUGGCGUAAUGGACAGUGUGGUGGAGCCACUCAAGAAAGGAGAUAGCAACAACAGUGUGCCAGGGAGCACAGAGGGCCGGGCUGGGCUCAGCCGGAUGGUGCCUGCUGUGGCUUCCCACCCCCUCAUUCCACCAGGUAAGGGCUCCAGGAAGGAGGACUCCUAUCCCAGAAAACUCAGGGGGACUAUGGGGUUGGGAGGAAACAUUCAAGCUUUCCUUUUUCUCAUGGACAUGCUAAGUCACCAGCCACAUGUCUCUCUCUCCCUUCUCCCCAUCUUGAGAUAUUUAUCAGCUCCUGAUUCUAUUUCAUACUUCUAGCCUGAAAGAAGGAAACCGUGUAAGUGGAAUAAAUUAGUCCUUCUUCACAGUGAGUGCAAUGAUGAAUCUUGGAGUACACAAUGAUAGCUCUUAACCUUGAGUGAAUAGAGGUUGGCAGUCAGACUGUUUUGAAAUUCUCAAAGAGUCAGGGAAGAGGACAGGGCCUAGCCAGAAGCAUGUAAGAACCACACAGGGAGAUGGGGAAGUGGGCGGUUUAUCGUCUCAUCAUUCAACAGGCAUUUGUUACUAAUGUUUACCAAACACAUUGCCAGUUCUGGGUGUGCAAAGGUAAAUAAGACCUGGGCCCUGCCCUCCAAGGAGGGCUUAGUCUAAUGGAGGAGACAGACAAGUACAAUACAAUAUAGUGUGAUAAAUGCUAUAAUAUAUGUAAGCUCUGAGUACCCUACAAGCAUAGAGGGGCUAUCUGUAGCCUUGGGGAGCAGAGCCAAGAAAGGCUUAGUAGUGGAGAUGACCCUUGAGAAUAAAUCUAGCAGAUUAAAAAAAUGUGUAUAUAUAUAUAUAUAGCAGAUAACUUAUGAGGCAAGUUCUGUGAAGACGAUGAAUCAGUAUUCCCUGGGGCUAGACUCCUUUCCCUGCCUGCUAAAAUUCUCCCCACACUGCCUGUUACAGGCAAUCUUUAAUAAGAAAAUCUACCAAGAACCCCAGAAGCCAGACUUAUCAGUCUAGGGAACAAGAACAAGCUGUUGUACUACAGAAACAAAUAUAAUGUUGGACCACAUGGCUUUGCGUUGAAGAAAGAAUCACCACCGUGGUGUGUGAUCCCUGAUAUCUACUAACCCUCUGUCUUCAUUUUGACAAUUUAUACCAUCCACUCAAACCCACAUUUUUUUUUUUUUGAGAACCUACUAUAUGCCUGUUACUAGGUUGACCAAGACGGCCCAAGCAUGCUUUCUUACCUAGAGGAGUAUGUAGUCAAUAGGAGGGAGCCAGAUUCAUGAACAAAUCCACUCAAUUCCAUAUGUUCUAUUAUCAAAGUAAAGUAUGAGGUACAGUGUGGGCAUAGCUUGUCAACUCAGUGCCUGGCAGGAUAGAUUGGGGAUGGUGUCACACAGAGGAAAUGGCACAUGAGUCUUUAGCAUGAGUAGUUUACGCAGCAGACAAAAUGCAGAAAGAUAUUCCAGAUAGACAGAUAAAAGCACAAGUAGAGAGCAUUAUGGCAGUGAGUUGGAAAGAAACUGAGUUAAAGUCCUUUAUUCACCUUUUUGAGGCUUCAGAACUCACCCAGGGACAAAGGGUCAGUAGUCACCACUGAGCUGAGGAGAGCAGCUCCCUGCGAGGCCUCACGGCCCUGUGACUCUAUGUGCCUGUUAGUCUGUGUCCGGCAUCACUUUUUCCAGAGAUUAGUCCAGCCUCUUCCUUUAUGGAAAAAGAAACUGAGGUUCAGAAGGGUAAAGACUAGGGAACUUAAAAGGAUGGCAGCUUGGACUAGAGCUAGGAUCUCAAAUCAGCAUUUCUUCAACCUUCUCAUUCAACCCACAAACCGUAGAACAACUUCAGGGCCUGAAGACUUACUGAGAACCCCAGUCCUGCCCGUUGCCAGAAACUCCAGGUCCUGCUUGGAGCUACUCAUCACAGCCAACAAACAAGAAGCCGAGGUGUGAGAUCAGAAAGGCAGCUUUAUUUCAUAGUGCAAGGAAAGGAAUAGUCGGGGCUGUUUUGGUGCCUCCAAGAUUGCUUGAGGAUAGGGUUUAGGGAGGUUGCUUUUAUAGAGCUUACAAGCAAGGAGAUCAGGUAAAUUACAUCAGCAACAUUUUUAAUUAUGUUACACAGGUGCAGUAAGGGUAACAUAUAGCUUGGUACAUCGCAUGUUCAAAAAUGGUGGCCCAUCUCCACCCAAAGGGUGGGGAAGUUACUAUGUAUGAGGUACUUAAUGAGCUACAAGGUUACCCAGAGUGUCAAUAUGACACCUAAAGCAGUUUUAGCCGGUUUUACCUAGUUCUGGGCAACAGUUAAGGAAAGGGGAACCAGGAUGUUAAUAUAAAGAUAUGGGGCGUGUCAAGCAAGCUGCUUGAGGCAGUGGAAUUUUCUGCAGCCUGGGAACCUCUGUCUUAUGCCCAGUCUGAAAUGUAACCUCUCUCUCAAUCUAAACCAGCCUCCAAAAUUCUAAAGACCCUUCAAGAGAAAGACUAGUUCUCAGGUUCUUCCUAAGGCUGCUAGGCAACUCUGAGGUCUCAAGAAAACUGGACAGAAAGGGGACAAGCACUUAUGGAAUGUGUAUUGUGUACUAGAUAAUAUGCUAGACAUUUUAGUGCACACUACCUCUUUCAGUCUUCACAAGAACCCCGUAUGGUGGGUGUUAUCCAUUUUACAGAUGAGAAAACUGAAGCUCGGAGAGGUUAACCAAGAACUUACUAUGUAUGUGUUCACUCAAGGUCACAUAAGUAGUAAGUGGCAGAGCUGGGAUUCGAGCCCAUGUCUGUCUGAGUCAAAUCCUGUGUUCUUAAUUAUCGAGCCAUACUGCUGUUCUCAGUCCUUAGAGUAAUUUGGGGCUUCCUAGGUCUUUCUUGUUCCUGAUCCAAAGCUCAAAGAGCCUGGGGUUCUAAGAUUGCUCUGGGGUUAGCAGAGGUGGAGAACUCUUUUCUCUUAAGCCUUGUGAAGGUGAAAGUCAAUGAGUUACAGGCCUGAGGUCCAGAGGCCUAGGUGUGGCCUGGGGCUAACUGUCAAUGGCUGUAACACAGUAUAGAGACCAGUGGCUCUCAGGACUUUCUGUGGAGCAGCUGUGAGCUGCAGUACCACAAAGACCCUCUCCCCUGAGACACA